AGUUGAUGGACCAAAACUUGUGCCCAAGUGCCGGUCUCUACUCUAUAGGCUCCAGCCAAAAAAAUAUGAUAAAAUCUUCCAAAUGUCUACAAUAAUAAGAAAACAGCCCAACUUCAUAAAAACCCACAAUUUACACAAAUUCUACCUUCUUCAUUUCUUCUUUCCUAAACAAUUCAACCUCCAACAAAAAUACCCGCCAAAAACUCUCUAUAACAAACAAUCAACAAUGGCGCUCAAAACCUCCAUUUUCUCUCUCCUCACUUUCCUCCUCAUCCUCCCCAAUUUAACCCACUCACUUGAAUACCCACAACAUUUACUCGACGAAACUUACUUUCAAGACUUAUACAACAUGAAUAUCCACUUUCCUGUCUCUGUCUCCCCUGCAUCUUCCUCGCUAUCACCCAAUGCCAAAACGCCUCGCGUUCCGGCGUUAUUUGUUCUGGGAGAUUCCUCUGUUGAUUGUGGAAAUAACAACUUUCUGGGUACUUUUGCUCGAGCUGAUCGCCUACCUUAUGGCAGAGAUUUUGAUACUCAUCAACCUACUGGAAGGUUCUGCAAUGGCAGAAUUCCUGUUGAUUUUCUUGCAAUGCGAUUAGGGCUUCCAUUUGUGCCAAGUUAUCUAGGAGAAGUAGGAGCAAUUGAAGAUAUGACUCAUGGGGUAAAUUACGCUUCGGCUGGAGCUGGAAUUAUUUACUCAAGUGGCUCUGAUCUGGGGCAGCGCGUCUCCUUCGCUCAGCAAAUACAGCAAGUUACAGACACAUUUCAGCAGUUCAUGAUGACCAUGGGUGAGGAUGCUGCAAAUAGUCUCAUCUCUGAUUCAAUCUUCUAUAUAUCUAUUGGAACCAACGAUUACAUACAUUACUAUCUUCAAAAUGUAUCUGGUGUUCAAUCUAUGUAUACUCCGUGGAAUUUCAACCAUUUCCUGGCAACCUCAUUGAAGCAGGAAAUUAAGAAUUUACACACUGCAAAAGUGAGGAAAGUAGUGGUAAUGGGAAUAGCACCUAUGGGAUGUGCUCCUCACUACCUUUGGAGAUAUAAAAGCAAGAAUGGGGAGUGCAUUGAAGAGAUCAAUAACAUGAUAAUGGAGUUUAACUUUGUGACAAGAUACAUGAUUGAGGAGCUUAACCAGGAGCUUUCGGAUUCCAAAAUUACCUUCUGUGAUACGUACAAAGGUUCUAUGGAUAUAAUACAGAACCAUGAAAGAUAUGGGCUCCAAGUUACAAGGGAGGCAUGCUGUGGAUUAGGAAGGUACAAGGGAUGGAUUAUGUGUUUGUCACCUGAAAUGGCUUGCAAGAAUGCUUCUACCCACAUCUGGUGGGAUCAGUUUCAUCCAACAGAAGCAGUAAAUGCUAUAUUGGCAGAUAAUGUUUGGUCUGGAUUGCAUUCAACUAUGUGCUAUCCUAUGAACAUCAAUGACAUGAUUCCUGCAAACUCAUAGAUAAAUACACUGUGUUUGUGACAAAAGUUAGUAAAUCAUGUACAUUACCAACAUAUUUUGU